UUAAAUAUCUAUCAGAUUAUCCAGAAAAUACUCUUAACUCUAAUACACCCUCUCUUGAUCAAAUUAAAAUUGAAUUCCAACUCAUCAAAACAUCACUCAACUAUCAACAAAAACAAACUACUUAUAAUAAUAUAAAACAAAAAAUAGAAAACUGA